ACCCCCCACCCCACCCCAAAAUGUCUCUCUCCUUCAACAACUUGAAAAAACCAUUGGAACAGUUAAAGAGUUGACCAGUUGAUAUAUCAUAGUGAGAUUACAUUGAUCCAAAGAGGGAUUUAGUUAUACUCAACAAAUGAUGACUAUAUUUCCAAGACACUCAAACACCAAAGAGGUCUACCACCAAACUAUCCUUUGAUUAAUCUUCAAGCUUUCUUUCAAACCUCUAUUUUUUCUACUUUGCCUUUUUUCUCUCUUUAUUCUCUCAUUGAAACACAACCCCAUAAAGAGAAAGAACAAAAAAGGUGUUAUGGAAAAUCACCAUUUCAUAUAUCCAAUUCUUAUCUCCUCUAUUACUGCUCUUGGCCUUGUCUCCAUUUCUCUUUGCAUAGCUGCUGAAUUCAAGAAAACAAAGAAGAAAGAUCUCAGGUUUGAUGGGGAAUUGUGUUACUUGCCUGGAAGUGUGGAUUUUGAAUUUGGAAUUGGAGCUAUAAUUUGUUUAGUAAUGGCUCAAGUAAUUGGCAACUUGUUGAUAUGUAAAAUUUUCUUUUCAAGGGACCAUCAAAACAGUUCAUCAAAGGCUAAAAAGAAGCCUACCAUUAAUGGCUUCAUGUGUGUUCUUUCAUGGUUUCUUUAUUUUACCGAUAACAAAUAAUGCUGCAUAUGGGCUACAGUUAGUCCAGAGGUGAAACCUGGAUUUUGUUGAUGCUUUUUGAACCAUCUUUUUUUCCUUACUAGAUUCUGAAUAAAUCAUUUUUAAAUAUAUAAAAUAAUUCUUUAUACAAAUACAAUAUUUGAGCUUAAGUUACUAAAUUCUACCGAACUUGUACUAAAAAAAAUGGGUAAUUUGUGGAGGUUGAAAGUUGCAAUUUGCGGGAGUUUCAUAUUCCGCUAGCAAAUAGUGGAGGCUAAAACCUCCACGAAAUGCAACUUUCAACCUCCGCAAAUUACCCAAUUUUUUGUAGUGUAAUUUUAAGGCUAACCCGUCCCUAGUAUCCCACAAUAAAAGAAUUAUCUAGUAAGUUUCACUAUUAAUCUCUCUCGUUACCUGGCGCAUAUUCAGAUUAAAGGAACGACAACCAAAUAAUUAAACUAAAAAAAAAAUUAAAAAAAUCUUCUUUUUACUUUGUUUUUCUCGAUAAGCUUCAAGGCAAUAAGAAUUUAACAUCGAACAUACUAAUUUCAUUAUUUUGAUUACGGUCGGUAUUGAUCUUAACCCGUGCCUCAACAUCUCCGUUUUGUAUAGAUGGAUAAUUUUCAAAUCAAAAUAUUUUCAACCGAAAUUUCGUUCUAAAUAUAGAGUAUCGUCUUUUCAUGAUGUAUAUUUGUUCUAGAAUUUUGUGUUGAGCUCUGAAAUCUUGACUAGUUAGUCAUAAGUGAAAUGAUG